CUCUGACGUCGCUGCAUGUCAAAUUAGCUGUCUGCAGCCUUUCAGGGACACCUCUUGCAGACCGCCGGAGCCCACAGUGCAAUAAAUAUGGCAGCAGAGCUAUCCACCUCCAUAAACAUCAAAGAGCCCCGGUGGGACCAGAGCACGUUUGUAGGUCGGGCUAAACAUUUCUUCACUGUCACAGACCCCAGGAACAUUCUCCUCACCAACGAACAACUAGCCAAUUCACACAAAGUCAUCACUGACUACAGGAAAGGUAUAGUCUCUCCAGGAUUGACUGAAGAUGAACUGUGGAGAGCCAAAUAUGUUUUUGACUCGGCCUUCCAUCCCGAUACUGGGGAGAAGAUGAUCCUUAUUGGCCGCAUGUCAGCGCAGGUUCCCAUGAACAUGACGAUCACUGGAUGCAUGAUGACAUUUUACAAGACAACUCCAGCUGUGUUGCUCUGGCAGUGGAUCAAUCAGUCGUUCAAUGCAAUAGUGAAUUACACCAACAGGAGCGGCGAUGCUCCACUCACUGUCAGUCAGCUUGGCACAGCAUAUGUGUCUGCCACCACAGGGGCAGUGGCCACCGCUCUGGGACUAAAUGCACUCACAAAGCACAUCUCACCCCUGAUUGGUCGGUUUGUUCCAUUUGCUGCUGUAGCUGCUGCUAACUGUAUUAACAUCCCACUGAUGAGACAAAGAGAACUUAAACACGGCAUUCCCAUCACAGAUGAGAAUGACAACAGGUUAGGAGAGUCGACGAACGCUGCAAAGCAGGCUAUCUCUCAGGUUGUGGUCUCCAGGAUCCUCAUGGCCUCUCCAGGAAUGGCUAUCCCUCCAUUUUUGAUGAACCAUUUGGAAAAGAAGGCUUUUCUGAGGAAGUUCCCAUGGAUGAGUGCACCUAUUCAAGUCGGCCUGGUGGGAUUCUGCCUGGUGUUUGCCACUCCACUGUGCUGUGCAUUGUUCCCUCAGAAGAGCUCUAUAUCAGUUAGCCACCUGGAGCCCGAGCUGCAGGAGAAAAUCCGGGCCAACAACCCAGGAGUGGAGAGGGUCUACUUCAACAAGGGGCUAUGAGUGUGCAGUACCCCCAUCCAAACACUGCCAUAGCACAGCUGCAGGCUCAGUCCUCGCCUCUCGGCCAGCCCCUCCUCAUUCAGUGUGCCAAAGUUAAGUUAGUGUCUCCUCAUUUUCAGUAUUCAGAUGGAUAUCUAGGGACUACCUCUCUGUCAGUCUCUUUGUAACAAGAUGUUUGCUUUUGUCAAUGUGAUUGUUGAUUUUAUCGUAACUGCUAUAGAAGAUUUUCUCCGUCUGGGCCGGAUGAAAAGUACAAUGUUUAUCAUGACGUAUGUGUAUAGUGGCCAUUGUAAGGGUGUUUUAGGUGGACAUUUUGUCUGUGAAGUAUUUUAUUUUUAAGUAAGCAACUUGUCGGUUGCAUGUCGCUGCCAAUUGAUUUUCAUACUCUAUGUAAAGGUUGGCAGUCACCCUAUUUCUCACCUGCAUUAUAAUCAGACUUUAACAUUGAUUUUACGAAGACCUCUGCUGUUCAUGCAUUUGCCAAAUCUGUACUCACAUCAACAAUCACAACCUCAAAAGGGUUAUUCCUAAUAAUGACAUCCACUUUGAUCAGUUCAUUUUGCCAAAUGAGUGACGUUCAGUAAGCCUUGAGGCCUCUUGACGUCGUAACCAUGAAUCUGACAACAACUCUCCCGGGAUCCACCCCACGAAAUGUGACGCUAUGAUGUUAACAACCAUCCAUGGGCCAACAUGGUGCUACUUGAUGUCUUAAUAAUCAGUGUAUCGUACUAUUUAUUCUGCUUGCCAACAUGCAUGAACAAACCGUUUGUAUGAAUUAACCUCUGUGAAAACUAAUGAUUUUAUGUAUACUUAGUCACACAGAGGCCAAACUCAGGAGAGCUGAAUGCCAGUGACAAAAUGUGUCAAUAAUAAUAAUUGAGCAAACACACAGGUUCCAACUUCCAUAUGUCCGAGUGUUCAUCCAGGAUUUAGUGAUCACCAUAAGUGACACCACAAACACUCAUUCAUACCUUACACAAACGUGUAUAGUAUCCAUCUUCUGUAAUUCAACGCAGCAUCCUAAGAGGCUUGAUUAUUACCGCACAAAGUGAUACAUUUUAAUGGUAAUGUGGCAGUUAUAUCACAUUGUUUUGGAGGUACUAUAUUCCACAUGUUAGACAUGGCUGUCAGUGUUUGGAAAACAAUACCAAAAUCAUGCACAAGAUAGUAUUUUCCAGGGAAAGAAUUAUAUAUAAAGGCAGGGAUCAAUCUAAUGAAUGUGUUUUAAUUAUGACGGACAUUAUGAUCUCUCCCUGCUGUUUGGACACGGUUGGUGUUUCCUGUGCUGUGUGGGCCUUCUGGCUUUUUAAAGCUGAUUGCAUUUUCAUUUUGCAUUUUCAGCUGCUGUAAUGAAAUAUAACUGUGAAGAAGAAUUCUAGGAGACUGUACAGCGGCAUGGCAGAUCUAUAAUUGGAUAUUUUAAAUUAAGAGAGUGAAAAAGAUGGACUUGGAGCCACAAAACUAACAGUAUUAAUUCUCCUCAUUUUGAAAAGGUAUGAAGGAUCCAGUGUGUUAAAAGACUUGCUCCAAAUAAUUCAAAUGUUUACUUUAAAAAAAGAAAAAUCAAAUACUUGUGAAUGAUGAUUUGAUUUCAUUGCAUCUUUUGCUCAUCAUGGUGUGUAAUUUCUGUGAGGUGUUAAAUGUUAAAUAUACUGUAAAUCUAUUACAUAUAUUGCUGUACAAGUAACUUUUCUUUAGACAGUCAGUGUUUCCAGAGAGAUGUGUUGAAGAUGGAGCGGUUCCCUAGCUGGUUUGAAGUGAAGUUUGUUAUUCUAGUGUUAAAGGUAACUGAAUGUAGCAUUUUCUAAUUUCAGCUGUUAACGCUGUGUUUGUCCAGAAAGCACAAUAUGGUAACAGAUUCUAAAUGCUGCACAUUUUAAAUACUUGUUUAGACCUGUUCAGUUUCCUCACCACCACGCUUUUUAGCUUAAAUCAGCAAGGGAAGAUGAACUUGCUCUGACUGCAUAUAAUGAGAACUAAUCCCCCUUUAAUGUGUUAAAAAUAUGAAAUUAACUACCUAAUAACUAACUAGUUUCAAUCUACCAAAUGAGAUUGUCAUUACAGCCAAAGCGAUACAAAUCAACUCAAGAGGAAGAAGUCAUUUAAAGUCUGCAUUAAUCAAGAUGAACAUUUUGAAAAAUGAUUUAAGAAAAUGUAUCUGUUUUUCAGUAAACUGGGGUGAUGAUGUUUAGACUUACUGGAAUAAAUAAAGUUGAUGAAAUCUGGUGUCA